AGUCACAUAUUUCAGAUGCCUUCCAGCGCAGCUGUCCCGUUUCCUCCUACGCAGCGGCUCACUCUGAAGGAGGUGUUUGAGGAUGGGAAGCCUAGGCUUGACGUCUUGAAGAGCCACUUGGUGAAGGAAGGACGCCUGGAAGAGGAUGCGGCGCUGAAGAUCAUCAACGAUGGCGCUGCCAUCCUUAGGCACGAGAAGACAAUGAUCGAAGUGGAGGCUCCGAUCACAGUGUGCGGUGACAUUCAUGGGCAGUUUUUUGACCUGAUGAAGUUGUUUGAAGUUGGAGGAUCACCCAAUAACACCCGCUACCUCUUCCUGGGAGACUACGUGGACAGAGGCUACUUCAGUAUAGAGUGCGUGCUGUAUUUAUGGAGUUUAAAGAUAAAUCAUCCCAAAACAUUGUUCCUCCUUCGAGGGAACCAUGAGUGCAGGCACCUCACAGAAUACUUCACCUUUAAGCAGGAAUGUCGAAUCAAGUAUUCGGAGCGAGUGUAUGAUGCGUGUAUGGAUACAUUUGACUGUCUUCCUCUUGCUGCCCUCUUAAACCAGCAAUUUCUGUGUGUUCACGGAGGACUGUCUCCAGAAAUCACGUGUCUAGAUGACAUUAGGAAAUUAGACAGGUUUAAGGAGCCUCCAGCCUUUGGUCCAAUGUGUGACCUGCUCUGGUCCGAUCCAUCAGAGGAUUACGGCAGUGAGAAAACGCUGGAGCAUUUUGCCCACAACACUGUUCGAGGCUGCUCCUAUUUCUACAGUUAUCCUGCAGUUUGUGAAUUUUUGCAGAACAAUAGUUUGUUAUCUGUAAUCCGAGCUCACGAAGCCCAGGACGCUGGGUACCGAAUGUACAGGAAGAGCCAGACAACAGGCUUUCCCUCAUUAAUCACAAUCUUCUCUGCACCAAAUUACCUAGAUGUCUAUAACAACAAGGCUGCUGUACUGAAAUAUGAAAACAACGUCAUGAACAUCAGGCAGUUCAACUGUUCCCCUCAUCCCUACUGGCUUCCAAACUUCAUGGAUGUCUUCACAUGGUCUUUGCCUUUUGUAGGGGAAAAGGUCACAGAAAUGCUCGUUAACAUCCUCAACAUAUGCUCCGAUGAUGAGUUGAUUUCAGAUGGUGAUGAGACAUUGGAAGAUCACUACAUUUCAAGCUAUCAGAAAGGUGGGACAACAGUCCGUAAAGAGAUCAUCAGGAAUAAGAUUAGAGCCAUUGGGAAGAUGGCACGUGUCUUCUCGGUUCUGCGAGAGGAGAGCGAGAGCGUGCUGACUCUCAAAGGCCUGACUCCCACAGGUACACUGCCCCUGGGGGUGCUCUCAGGGGGGAGGCAGACCCUGCAGACCGCCACAGUAGAAGCGGUAGAGGCACGGGAAGCCAUCCGCGGGUUUUCGCCGCAGCACAAGAUCCGCAGCUUCGAAGAAGCCCGAGGGCUGGAUCGCAUUAACGAGCGCAUGCCCCCCCGCAAGGAUUCACUGCACUCAGACGGGCCCGUGAACUUGGUAACCUCAACAAACUCUGCGGACAAGAACGGCACAGGGAAGAAAACCCAGUAACGCUCCGAGCGCCCAAUCUGCACCACUAAAGGAUCCAAAACUUAAUGAAUUUUAUUUAUUUAUUAUUGGGAUGGGGUGGGGGCAGGGGAGAAACCAACUUCACCUGGAGGCACGUUCAUAAUCCAGUUUGCAUCCGUUCUGUAAGAAAGGUGACCAUUUUGUAAUUUUUUUAUUUAUGUUCAAUAUAUAAAAAGUCCAUCUUUUUUUAAUUUAGAAACCAAUCUAACUGCUAGUGCAUAUAUGAAGUGUUGUGAUGUACAGCUGACCUCUCCUCCACGAGAGGCAAACCUCUGCGGGGGGAUUAAAAGAAACAAAAACAGUCCCAGGCAACUUGGGUCGUUGACUUUGGUACAAUUCUAAGUUAGCCUGUCCUUUCAAAAGCAGGUCCUUUCGUUGAAGAUAGGGUUGGUUUGGUUUUUCCUUUCACAACUGUCUCCUUCCCAGAGUUUGCUGUUGGUUUUUUUUUUUCUUCAACUUCUUGCCAACCUGCAUCUGCUGCUUUAGCAAACGAUUCUAUAGAAGGCACCUGGCUGGGAUCUGCUCCUCUCCCCGAGGUGACACCUAAAAUAUUUGGGAUUAGCUCGAAAGGGCUCCGGCCUGUCAGUCCGAGCGCCUUUUCCUGCAGUAAUUCAGUUUUAUUCCGGUGGAGCCCCAGGCCAAACCUCCCUCCUCAGAAGGGGAAGGCGGGCGGGAGAAGCGCUGCCCCUUGUCGCAGCAGUUCCCGAAGCUCCGGCCCUGCGGGCUCGGCGCAGCAGAAAUCCCGCUGGGAAUCCCUCUGAUUCAGAGCAGAGGAAUUCUUGCCAGUCUCUAGCGAGCAGCCGCUCUUUGGGAAAUCUGCAGGGCCUCAAUUUUAAAAGG